UGUUCAUCGAACGGAGCGGAGUUUCUUCGUCGUAACGGACGCACGGUCUCGCCGGUAGCCCAAGAGUGCUAAGACCACGUGCUAAUUGCAGUGCACCUAUUCGUACGGAGCGGCGGAUUUAAAUUGUAACAUCGGAGAAAUGGCAAAAACACCGGCAGUGGGUAUAGAUCUGGGCACGACAUACUCGUGCGUCGGUGUGUUCCAGCACGGCAAGGUGGACAUCAUUGCCAAUGAUCAGGGCAAUCGCACGACGCCCUCGUACGUCGCCUUCACCGAUACGGAGCGGUUGAUCGGAGAUGCUGCCAAAAACCAGGUGGCAAUGAACCCGAACAACACGAUUUUCGAUGCCAAGCGUUUAAUUGGGCGCAAAUUCGAGGACGCCACGGUACAGAGCGACAUGAAGCACUGGCCGUUCGAGGUGGUCAGUGACGGUGGCAAACCGAAGCUGCGGGUCGAGUACAAGGGCGAAAAGAAGUCCUUCUUCCCGGAGGAGGUCUCCUCGAUGGUGCUGACAAAGAUGAAGGAAACGGCCGAAGCGUAUCUCGGCAAGAGCAUCGCGAAUGCCGUCAUCACCGUGCCGGCGUACUUCAACGAUUCGCAACGUCAAGCGACCAAGGAUGCUGGUGCCAUUGCGGGUCUAAACGUGCUGCGUAUCAUUAACGAACCGACGGCGGCGGCCAUUGCGUACGGGCUGGAUAAGAAGGGCGUUGGGGAGCGUAACGUGCUGAUCUUCGAUCUCGGUGGUGGCACGUUUGACGUUUCGAUCCUCACGAUCGAGGACGGUAUUUUUGAGGUUAAGUCGACGGCUGGCGAUACGCAUCUGGGUGGGGAGGACUUUGACAACCGCAUGGUGUCGCACUUUGUGGAGGAGUUUAAGCGCAAGCACAAGAAGGACAUCACGAGCAAUAAGCGUGCGUUGAGGCGUUUGCGUACGGCGUGUGAACGCGCAAAGCGCACGUUGUCUGCUUCGACGCAGGCUAGCAUUGAGAUCGAUUCGCUGUACGAGGGCAUCGAUUUCUACACGUCAAUCACGAGGGCUCGCUUUGAGGAGCUAAACUCGGAUCUGUUCCGUGACACGAUGGAACCGGUGUCGAAGUCAUUGCGCGAUGCGAAAAUGGACAAAGCGAGCAUUCACGAUAUCGUGCUCGUUGGUGGCUCGACGCGUAUUCCGAAGGUGCAGAAGUUGCUGCAGGACUUCUUCAAUGGAAAGGAGCUGAAUAAAUCCAUCAACCCGGAUGAGGCGGUCGCUUACGGUGCUGCAGUACAGGCCGCUAUCCUGCAGGGUGACACGUCGGAAGCCGUACAGGAUCUUCUGCUGCUGGACGUGACCCCACUCUCGCUGGGCAUCGAAACUGCGGGCGGUGUGAUGACGGUGUUGAUCAAACGCAACACCACGAUCCCGACGAAGCAGACACAAACGUUCACGACGUACUCGGACAACCAGCCGGGCGUGUUGAUUCAGGUGUACGAGGGUGAACGUGCCAUGACGAAGGACAACAAUCUGCUGGGAAAGUUCGAGCUGAGUGGCAUCCCACCGGCACCACGUGGUGUGCCACAGAUCGAGGUGACGUUCGAUAUUGACGCGAACGGUAUCAUGAACGUGUCGGCCAUCGAGAAGUCGACGAAUAAGGAAAACCGUAUCACGAUCACGAACGAUAAGGGCCGGCUGAGCAAGGAGGACAUCGAUCGUAUGGUGAACGAGGCGGAAAAGUUCCGUAAUGAGGAUGAGAAGCAACGGGACAAGAUCUCGGCGAAGAACUCGCUCGAGACGUACUGCUUCAACAUGAAGUCGACGAUGGAGGACGCGAACGUGAAGGACAAAAUACCGGACGCCGAUAAGACGCUCAUCACGGACAAGUGUGACGCUACGAUCACGUGGCUCGACGCCAACCAGAUGGCCGAGAAGGAGGAGUACGAGCACAAGCAGAAGGAGCUCGAGGCGGUCUGCAAUCCGAUCAUUCAGAAGCUUUAUCAGAGUGCGGGUGGUAUGCCGGGUGGUGGUAUGCCGGGUGGUGGAAUGCCAGGUGCUGGUGCGGGACCCACUUCCGGUGGUGCUUCCGGUGCCGGGCCGACGAUAGAGGAAGUCGAUUAA